AUGCUCAGCAAAGCGGCGCAGAUGAUGCGAACGGCGCGGCUAAAACUCGCCGAAUACAUCAGAGCAAGGAGGGAGGAUGUUGCAUUGGUUGAAAACUGCACAGCAGCAACUACCUCAAUCCUUCGCGCAGUCGGUAUUCGCCCAGGCGAUACAAUUAUUUGCCUUAGCACCGCGUAUGGGAUGGUGAAAAACUGCAUCAAAUACUACGCUCAACACGCAAGCGCAGAAGUUAUUACAAUUGAGGUGGAGUUUUUUGGGCGGGAAACAGGGCCGUGUGGUCCUGAUGGAAACUCUCUCGAGUCAGCUCUUGCACAAAUAAUUGAUGCCACUGCUGAAAGAGGUUCACGUAUUCCCCUCGUUACAUUUGACUACAUAUCAUCUUGUCCCGGCGUAAUCAUGCCAAUCUGCACGUUAGCCAACACAUGCAAAGCUCGUGGGAUUCCGUGCCUUCUUGACGGAGCUCACGUUCUGGGUCAAGUACGACUUAACUGCCAUGCUCUGGAGGCUGCAGGAGUCACAUAUUUCAUGGCCGACGCACACAAAUGGUUGUUCAGUCCGAAAGGCAGUGCAUUUCUUUGGGUGACCAACCGAUUACAAGAUGAUGUGCACCCACCGGCUGUCGGAGCUGUUUGCUCUAAUUCUCCAUCUACUAAUUUUGAUCCAGCUGCUGUCCAUGGGUUGUCAGACUUUGAGCACCGUUUUCAGUAUACUGGUACGCGCGACUACACCCCGUUGAUUGCAGUGUAUGACGCGUUGCUCUUUCGAGGAAGAGUUGGCGAAAGCUUGAUCUUGAGGUACAAUCAUGACCUUGCCGUAUGGUCGCAAGAGUGGCUAGCUUCCUUGUGGGGUACGGAAACGUUAAUCCCCAGGGUAUGCACAGGAUUCAUGGCGCACGUCAGACUACCAGUCACCUCAGCUGCUGCUGCAAGGCUUCUUAAAAAUAUGCUGGAGGUGGAAAUGUCAAUCCACGUUAUGACCUUCACUCUACCGGCACGUUCACGUUCAGGCGAGACGCAACAAACACAUUGGAUACGACCCUGCAUGCAGCUUUUCGUCUGCAGACAAGAUGUCUACGCCUUGGGAUAUGCCGUUUUGAAAUUGGCUCCAAAAUGUGAACGGGUGGCAAUCCUUGGAGCGACUUGGGUUGUUAAAACGCGCCAAUCCGCCAAGAAAAGGUGCGAAACUGAAAUUGACACACCUGCGACGGAACAGGCGGACACAGGUCAUAAGGUCACCAUGGGAUUUUCUCUGAUACCGAGAAUGGGCACACGUCUACACAUGGACUCAGACCAUGAUUUGAAUAGUAACAUCAAUCGAUGCCGGAUCUUACCUGCGCUGUGUGACGUCGCCGCCGUUGCCAAGUAUUCUGCUGGACAUCUCGGCGGUAUUGUGCCAGUCAAUUCAGGGGCUGAUCAUGUCUCUUACCCAUCACUUUCGCCGGAAAUGCAAGGUCCUACAAUGCCUCCACUCAGUCUCACAGGUUCUGAGAAAAUAAGGGACGCAGAUGAGGGUGUCGGACGUUCCCCAUUGUCUGUCAUUGACAUCAUGAGCAGCAGCGUGGCUUCAAGUGGCGGAACCCCGAUUGACGGUUCAGGUUUCUCUCAUCCAAGAUGGCUUUUGCACAACAUGACAUCAAGCAUCGCCAUGCACACUGCGAGAAGCUAA